AUUCGACAUCGCCCGAACAAAGGGACGAGGCUACCUCAUCCGUCGUCGCGAGCGCUGCCAUUAGAAAGUCGUCGGCAGUCGAUGUGUGCGGGAGUUCCGCGAGUCGGAUAGAGAGAGAGAGAGAGAGAGAGAGAGGGAGAUAGAGAAAGAAGUCGGUUCAAGGCGUCGUGAGAAAGUUUCGUCGACCGGGAGUCGUCAGAGUACGGGAAGAGGGAGAGUGGAAGGUUCGCGAAGAGAUAUCCGAUCGCGGGAUUAGAAAGAUCUACCCAAAGCGUAGGCCGUCGCGAUCGAGCUAGGUCCUGGAUCCAUCGAAAUUGGUCAGAAUCGAUCCGACGAAAGGGAGCAUCGUAAGAAGCGGCGCGCGUUGAUCGUCCGAAACGAAGAGAAGAUUCGACUCGGCGAAUUCGCGAGCGUAGAGAGGAGCGCCGCUAACGAUAAGAGAAGACGACGCGACGGAGGUGACGACGCGCAUACCCUCAUCCGUAAAAUCGAUCCUCGCGUACACCUGUAAUUGUGCGCCGGAUCGUCGUCGCAUCGCCAUAUCGCCGUCGACGGGAAUCCUCGUGGGACGCUCCGGCGGUUAGCUCAUCCGCGCUGGAGGGUCGACGUCGCACGACGAGGGCUGUAGAGUGCUACGCAGCAACGUGGCGACGACGCCAUUUUGUCGUAACUGGUACCGUGCGAUUCUUUCGGCAUCAGCGCCGUCGAGCCUACUCAUCGCGUGACCCGUGACACGCGCGUAUCUCCUCCCGCAUCGCGCCCGCAAAGUGUGCGAAUCCAAAAUCGACCGGAGAUCAUCCGGAUAUCUCCGGGGAUUAGAUCGCGAGAGGAGCGAAGAGAGGAGGAAAGAGUCGGAGAGUCGAAGGGUUACGAGACACGGAUUGUUAUCUCGUGCAAAACGCGGAGUGCGUCAUCGGCGUGAUUUCGAUCUAUUCGCGCUCGUAAGGGAUUCCAUUCCCGAUUUCACCAUAUCGUUCAAUCUGCGUCCUCGCCCUGGGUAACCAACCAUGAGACUGGAAAUUGUGUCGGCGGCGGAUUUCCUGGUGCACCUGCUGCGCCUGCAGGCGGGUCAACUGUCGGAACGACAAUUGGAGAUGUUCAAGUCAUCGCUGACGGAGGUGUUGCGCCACCGUUACCGGGACCACUGGUUCCCGGAUCGGCCAAAUCGCGGCUCCGGUUACCGUUGCAUACGUAUCAACGGUAAAAUGGACCCGGUGAUCGCACAAGCCGGCGCCAACGUCGGCUUGCUGCCGACUGUCCUGCACACCCUGUUCCCCAGCGAGCUCACCAUGUGGAUCGACCCGUCGGAGGUGUCGUACAGAAUCGGCGAGAAUGGUUCCAUCUGCGUUCUGUACGAGCGGACCGAGCCCGAGAUCUCGGAUGAGCUCUCGUCCCAGCAGCACCAUCACCAGCAGCAACAUCAACACCAGCACCACCAUCAAUCGCAGCAGCAUCAGCAAAUGUCGCCGCAGCAAUCGUCGCCGCAACAACAGCAGCAGCAAUUUGAGAGCUGCAAGGACUCCCUAUUAUUGGAGCAUCCGCAGUUCAGCGAGCAGAUUGCCGCGUACGUCUCCAGCUGAAUCGCCGGGCUCGCGCUCGCCGUCACUCGCGUCCACGCUCUCGAAAUAAUGUAAUAAAGCGCACGUACAUCUCGUGAUAUGUGAUAUCCCGUGUGUGUCGCGUCGCGUCGGACCGAGCGGGUCCGCGCGCGCUCGAUCUUUCAUGGACUCCCCCAACUGUGUGCGCGCGUCCUCCUUGCGAUCGUUCUCUUCAUUUUUCCUCUAUAUUUCU